UUUAAAUGCAGUAGUGAUUUUUAAUUUUUUAUUCUGAAUUAAUUUAUGGUUUUAAGUAUGGAUGAGACUCAGAAAUGUCGUGCCUCCGACGAGGCGGCAACGAGGAAACGACGUUCUUCCAUCCUGAAGAGCCAGCGUCCACCUCGCACUCCAUUCUCUGAGCUCGAGUUCAACGUAGCCACUCCCACUGAUACAACUAAAAGUAGACGUGUCAGUUUCUCGCGUCGCACCGGAGUUGCUGAGUUUGUAAGGAACGAAGCCACCACAACCUGGGAGAACUUUUACGAGCAACAAAACAAAUCACUGGAAUCAUCAGGAAACGAAUUUGAAUUGAAUCCACCUAGACAGUCUAUCGGACAUAUUGGCAAACGUAUAUUCGAUCAGCAGUUUGAGGAAGUUGAAGCUGUGGGCUUUACGGGGGCCAUAAAUAAUCCAUCAGGAAUCUUCGUUGAUCAGUCACUGAACGGGAACUUCACGCAGCAAAUUGCGUCACUGGAAUGUACGAGUGACGACAGAAAUUUAAAAGUUCCGGUCAGUAAUUUCGAAUUGAGCGCUUUCACAGAUCACAACAGCAAACUGUUCAAAGAUGAGGUUAGCGUCCCCACAAUGGGAAUAAUGUCCGGUCGGAUUGACGUUAAUUUUUCUAUGGUCCAACCGUUGAGGGAGGAUGACGAUUUGAGUGAAAUCGAGAAAGAUUUGGUGAGGGUACAGUCGAAUGCCCUCUGUCAGGGUCCAUUUGACAGCAGAUCUGUUUCAGAAUAUAUUGAAAUUGAUUUAAAUACGACACGUGCGGUAGGUAAAGUUCAAUCCAAUGAGACGACGAGAGAUAAUUUGCAGAAGCCAAAAGUUCAAAAAGCUAUGCAAAGUGAAAGGAAAAUUACAGUAGAUAACGAUUGGCUGGUCGACAAAGAGAAUAUAGUUGUAAAUCCUUAUGUAGUGCCACAAUCUCUACAAGCAUCAACCAAUUUAGCUGUUAACGAGGAAAGUGAAGGUGUUUUAGUAUUUGACGGAAAAAGGCUUACUUUACAAUCAGACAGAGCUGAGUGUGACUACAGACAAACUCAACCACCUAACAUGCCGACGGAGGGAAUGCCUCAAAGAAAAUCAAUACUAUUGAAUCUUAAUGAUGCUCUUCCUAACUUCACGGAUGACAUACAGAUCAUCUCUAAUCUAAACAGAACUAAAGACAAAGACACAUUUGCUAUAAAAAGCAGUGAAAUAGAAAAAAGAUCUAUUUUAUGUAAUGAUGAAUCCGGGAACAUGUCUGUAACUGAAGCCAUACCUGAUAACAUAAUAUAUGCUCAUGAAAUUGAUAAGGAAUCAAUCUUACGACGUUUUGACGAUGAAGUUAUUUAUUGUGACGAGCCCAGCGCCCAAAAGCUGCCCAAUCUUGUGACUUUGGACAACAAUCCAGAAAAAAGGAAGACUAUCCACUUUGAUGCUGAUAUUGGGAACAUGUCAGUAACCCAAGCAUUACCCACUGCGCUUAUAGAGCGAACAAUAUCAGAAAAACGUAAAACAAUAAUAUUCGAAGGACCUACAUCUGACUCUUUUAAUAUGUCAAUAACCAGAGCAGCACCAGGCAUAAUACUCGCUGCAGAGGAGACAGCAAUGUGCGAUGCCGGGACUGGGAAUUCAGUACCCACUGAAGCUAUAAAGAAUAAUGUGAUUGUGAUUGAAAAAAAACCUGUCAAACUAUGCACUGGAGAUAUUUCAAAAAAUAGAAUUGUGUCUAGUGCCAUUGAUGAGGACGGAAAGAACAAAAGUUUUAUCGUUUCCAACGAAAAUGAUUUCGGAAGUUGUAAAGAUUUUGGUAACAGUGAAAAGCGUAAAACCGUAAUAAAACAAGAUGGCGAUUUAGGAAAACGUAAAACGAUGUUGCCGGAAGAUGGAGGCGAAACCGUGACCAAUGAUUCAUUUAGUAUGUCCAUAACGAAAGCGACUCGAGGGAAAAUAUUUAACCCGGACAGGAGGACGGUAGUGUUUGAUGAUUCGUGGAAUCUGUCCGUGACCCAAGCCAUAUCGAAUAACGUGAUUAUUACACAAGAAAAACCCGACAAAGCAGCAUGCACUGAAGAUAUUUCAAUAACAGAAGUUGUACCCAGUACAAUUGUUAGUGAAAUAUUGAAUCGGAAUCGCUCAAAACCUAACGAAAAUACUUCUCCUGUUGGUUAUCUACGUAAAGAUGUUGAAAAUAAUGACAGAAGUUUGAAUUACGAAGACGCAAAGACUAUUGAUGAUUCGUUUAACAUGUCAAUAACUCAGGCGGCUCGUGGAACUAUAGUGCACGCAAAAAGAAAGACAAUAGUUUUCGACGAUGACUCUCGAAACUUAUCAGUUACCCAAGCGAUACCGAAUAACAUUAUAUUGAUACAAGAGAUACCUUCCAAAAAUUGUACUGAAAAUAUUUCGAAAACAGGAGUCGCACUUAAUGCAAUUGAUAACGAAGGAAUGAACAAAAAUGGUGCUGUAGUCGAUUGUGAAAAUCCGCUUGAGCCAUAUGACGAAUUUGAAAAUGAUGAUAAACGUGAAAUUCUAAUAGAACAAGACGAAAAAGCGCCUAUAAGGAAAUUUAUUAAUAGCCUUGCAGAAUCAACUAAAGAUGAAGCUAAAGCUACGAAGCCGAUACCAGCGAUGAUGCUCGCGCUGCACAAAGAUAAUAUGGAUAAAGAAUCAGAUAAAUCGAUUAAAGUUUUUGAAAAUUUCGAUGAUAUACUUCCGAUCGUUCGUGAUGUGAACCUCUACCAAGCCGUAACUGCUGGUGACGAGUUACAGAAUAAAAUUGAACAGGGCGACGCUAGAAGCGAUCGAGUAGCGGGACAAAGUGUUGACAUAAAAUAUUCUGAUGAUAAAGAAUCUUUUGUCCCGAAAGACGACCUGGCUUGUGAUCUUGUUCACAAAAAUUCGAAUUUAGAAUCGGAGAGUAAAGUUUUAAAGCGGACAUCGAAUAGAAAAUCUGAAAAGUCGAUACUCCACGAGUUAUUGGAUAUGUCCGCAUCGUCAACAGACGCCGUGCGCGUCACUCAUAAGAUCGAUCCGAAAUUCGAUGAAGAGGAAGAAGUAGUCAUAGCGGUCGACUCGAAUUUGGAACUUGCCACGAAAAAUGAACUCGAAAACAUGUCCACUAGUAGCCUCUUCUACAUAACAAGAGACAAUCAAGUCAUUGAUGUCGAGAAGGCAGAAACAAUAGAAGAAGAUUUAAUUAAAGCGAAACUGCGGCAGAUCGAUGAACACAGCCCCGCAAUGGAACGCAAACGAUUGCCGGUCAAAGACGAAGACGAUAUUGAAACAAAAUUAACUGAAGCUACGUCCGAUUUAAACAAAACUGACAACCGAAAGAGCGUUAGAACAGCUGACGAUACAAACGAUUUAAUACGCAUAUUGUCUGAUUACACUGAUAGUCGGGCGUGUAAUGAGACCGAAGUGAAACCAGCACAAGCGGUCAAAGAGAAGAUAGAAAUAAACGAAAUGAGACGCCUCAGUCUUUUGCCUAAACGUCAAUCGAUUGCUCUCAGUCGAGAGAAUUUGCUGAGCAACAUCUCAAUGGCACAGGCCGCUCUGCAGCAAUCCAGAUACGAAAUAGAUGACGACAGCGAAUAUCUGGACGACGAGACGAGAGAUACGACAAACGAGCCGACAAUAUCGCCAGAAAAGAAGCCGACCAGAGUCAGCGGGGAGGUCGUGAAGACGCUGAACUUCGAAGAAGACGACACUUUCAGUGAAGUUAAUAUGAAAUGUGAUCAGUUGUCGCCGUUAAAGAAAAGUCUUUUAGGCGAAACGACUCUAGCUAGAGAUGGUAAAGCCAAAGUCAUACCGGGCUACUUGAACGAAGUUUCUGAUGAUAUAAAAGAGCUGAUGGACGAUUUAGUUAAACCCGCAGCUGAUAUGAUACCAAUAGCAGUGAAAGAUAAGCUCCCAACAACUUCGGAAUCGACCUGCAGCGCUCAGAUACAAGUCAAUCUAACAACAACAAGUCAAGUUGACGUUAAUGACGUUAAUGCUGAGCUGUAUUCGGGGCCCAUGUCGAUUUGUAAUUCACCGAAACCCAUAAUCGACGUAUCGGAAGUUGCUAACCAAUCGAUAUCACGGAUACUAAAGAAUCCGAUUAAAAGUUUUACGACGGUUCCCUCGGAAAAGGAAAUGAUUGUACAAAAGCAGCGUGCCAAAGACCAAACGGUUCCAGGAAAGGUGUUAUUGUUUGACCACACCAAUCCGCUGAACAAUGUGUUACUUAUGCCCGUUGCUGAUACGAAAGCCCACAAAUACGAUCCCAUCAAAUCUGAGGUAUCUUUAUGCGUCUCGGAACGAACGAAUUCCGCGCAGAUUUCGCUACACGAAAAAGACUUUGAAGUCGAACGCGUAUCCAUACAAUACAACGUUGAGAAAUUGAUUCACACGGUGAAACAUUCCGGCGACGCUUGCGCGAAGAUAGUCGAGGAAACAGUGUCCAAUGCUAGCCGGCCAUCGGUGAACCAAUCUACGGACACUAUAAAGACAGCAAUGAAAACAACAGAAGCGAACACCGUCAUAGCUAUGAAGGAUAACAAAGAUUUGCUCAAUGCCAGCUCCUCCCUGACUUUAGUGGAUAAGAGCAGCGGAGAAACUUGUCACACUGAGUCCGUCGUCACGGCGGACGGUAAAGUUAAACCGAAAAAACGUAUAUACAGUCCGACCGGACGUGACAAAGGCAGACCGAGUCCGGAUGUGACUCCGAAACGCGCCACGAAAUUGCAAAAAGUGUCCCCGAUUGAGAAUAAAACACACGAAAGGAGUAAAGCCAAGAAGGCGUCUCCAAGGAAACAGUUGAAUGGCGAUGCUUCGGAAUGUUUUUCCGUAGAUUCCGUGUGCAGUUCGGCGAAGACUUGCAAGUCGAUGGUGAACAGUGAUGAUGGUGGUAAAAGCAGCGAGCCAUUCGACGGAAGCUCGAGGAGUAGCUGCCUCAGGGUCGACUUGUCCCCGGAGCUUCUGAGCGACGCGAGCAGCAAGAAUUUGGUAGCAGAAUGCGAGUCCAGUCACAACGUUGUAACAAAGAUUGAAAUGCUGCCCUUCAUCGGCAACGCUUCGGAGUGCAUAUGGGAAACGUCCGGUUCGGACGUGUGGACAUUCCUCCUGCUGUACUCCCGGGUGAGGCUCACGGUGAAGCUGCGUCACACCGUACACAACUCGACCCGGACCAGGGUGAGGGCUGACACUCCCGUUGAAGCACUCGCCGUGGAUGUGAUUCAUCACGACAAGAGGAAUCCGGUGGCGGCGACGUGCGUCCGGUUCGCGGCCGAGACGAUGCGGUACUUCACGAACCGGGGGUGCGGCGCGGCGGGCGGGGUGCCGGCGCUGUUGCGGCGCUGCUGCGGCGUCGCCCGCGUCGCGCUCAAGUGGGGCCGCGCCAUGCAGGACGCGCGGGCGAGGCUGGCGUACGCGCUCGCCGACGACGGACGACUCACGUUGAAGGUGGCGAAUGUGCCCCUCCGCUCUGUGUGGGAGGUGUCACUCCGCAUGGAGCUGGUGGUGGGGGACGCGCGCGAAGUGCCGUGGCCGCGCGCCGCCGACGUGCACGUGCGCGCCGUGCUGGCCGACACGUGCCCCGACCUGACACGUGUCGUCGCCAGACUCACGCCCGACUGGGGACACGUGCCCAGGACGAUCUGGAGAAUAUUCAAGUAUCUUAAGAACAGACCCGUGACUCUGAACUCCUUGGUAUAUGAAGAUUACAAAAAAUAUGUUUGUGAUAUUAAAAAGUCAAUAAACAAAUAUGGCCUUUGA